CAUGAUAAGAUUCGUGUUCCUCUCCGCUGAAGAUGGCGACUGUUUAUGGAGUAUUUUGUGUAUUACUCGUUAUAGCUGUAUUUUCUCAAGCUCAAGACGAUGAUGUGUGGGCACAUGAGCAAGGUCUAAACAGUGGGAAUGCCUUCGGAAUUGCACAGCCAGAGAUUCAGGUAAUACCACUAGAUGUCAACCUCACUUCCAAUAUCAAAUUCCGCUAUGUGACAACGGCUGGUCAAAAGGCUUUUGUUCUAGAUGAUGUAAUCAAUAGGACAACCUUAGAAAUCUUGAAAGGUUAUACUAUGAUGGAACUUGGGGCUUGGAAGUUUAGCCUGUUUGAGCCGUAUGAAGGUGGCCAAGAAGAACCAAGUGAUAAUAUACCUUGGGUGAAUAACCUUGAUUGUGUGGAAUUUGCAAACUCUGCUGCUGGCCGAUUGUUACAAAAAGCUGUGAUGGAUGCUUUAGGAACUCCGGAAAUGUACUAUCCUUGUAAAGUACAGGCCAAGAUUAUGCGCCGUGGGGACUACACAAAGCUUCAUACAGAUGCACUGAAGGAUGAUUAUGAAUAUUCAAUGAUGAUGUUUCUGAACUUUGACUGGGACAAGAAUGGUUAUGGAGAGAUCUACUUGUAUGAUGAAGACAUGGAAAUAUUUGCAGGUGCCACACCUAAAUUUGGUCGUGUCAUUCUCUGGCCAAGCCACAUUCCCUACCUACCACGUCCACCAAGCAUUGCCAACCAGAAAGGAGAGCUGCUCUUACACGUACAGUUUUCAAAGGUACUUGGCAAGGCGUAUAAGUGUCAUGAAGCCUGGCUAGCUGUCAGGGAUGAGCGAAUCGCCAACAUCAAUGGUCCCUUUGUCAGCACUGGCAAACCUAGUCCUUCAUCGAUUGACUUUGAUUCCAAGAAAGUUGCUGAGUACCAAUCAUCAGAGGGAAAGAAGAUUUUCGUUUUUGAUGAUUUGUAUGAUAAAGAGGACUUGGACAAUCUGAGGGCACAUAUCUUGAAAUAUGGAGUGUACUACUUCGAUGACUCCGAUGAUAAUGAGAGUGAUAACGUUCAGUGGAUUGCUGGCUUUAACAUUGACAACUACCUCAAAAGCAGGUUUUGGAACAUCACACACAGGGUUGCGACCCAUGUGUCUGGGAGCAACAAGUGGUUCCCGUACGACAUCUCGUGCAACCUCAUCCGGUACGCAGACCACACCCGUAUCCACCACGACUGCAACCAGAACGAGGAUGAAUGGACUCACUUGAUCUACCUGAACCCAGACAUGGAAAAGAACGACUAUGGGGAGACAGUCUAUUAUGAGCGGAACAGCGAUAACACAGAGAUCAUUGCAGAGGUCAGACCUAAGUACGGCCGAGCCGUCAUCUUUCAAGGCAUCAUCCCCCAUUCAGCACGCCCUCCCAGCACUAACUACAGCAAGGCACGCUUGUCCUUCGUCACCAAGAUGUCGGUAGACGAGAUAGUGGGUAGGACCAAGGCGUUUAAAGAAGAGAUGCGUCACUUCUCGGGCGUCCAAGAACAGCUGCAAACGGUGAAGGCUUCAGAGGAUGGUCAGGCCAUCUCAAGGCGAUCCAGGGAGAGGCGGUCAAAAUAUGCAUCCACAGAGGAGCAGACUAAUGGCGAGGAGAGUCAAGAGGAAGCCGAGGAACCAGAAGAUGACGCUCCAGACGAUGAUGAUGCUCCAGAUGUAGAGGGUAAUGGAAGCCAGGAAAGCCCUUCUGUGCAGCCACCAGAAAUGGAAUCCGAGGAGGAGGACGAACAAGAUUCAGACGACCCAGAAAUCAAUAUGUUGACGGAAAAACUUCGGAAUGCGAAGUCGGUAGAGGAAGUUAGAGCCGUACACCAAGAGCUCGUGUCACGCCAUGCGAAUAACCGUGAAGUGAUCAGGACUGCCUUCUCCAAGUUUCUCUAGGUCCACAUGAGCAGCCGUAGUGUUAUUUGUUACUCUAACACAUGUUGUCUACAGAUGAGGUUGUACUCUGAGAAUCUGUCGUGAAUGGAUGUGUCGUGACCCACGGUACACCAAGGGUAGCCUAAAGAUGGCAAAAUCCUGAUCUCCAAAUGCCUUACAGUUUUGAAAAUCUAGAACUAUGUUCAUUUAAUUGAUACCCAUAAAGUACUAAGGGUUAUGAUACAUAGAUCCUCGAGUGCAACCUUCUUUGAAAGAGUUAAAAUGUUGGUAUGUGGAAAUUGGUUUUAGUGACCACAGUAAAUUAAUUAAUUAUAGCAGUUGUUUCUUUAUAAAAUUGUGUAGUGUAUACCUCUGGUAUUUAAAUGAAGCGUUGUUAUAAGCUCUAAGAACUUAGCCAACUAUUUAUAAGGGGUACUUUUAUUCAAAGCUAAAAGAAAAACAUCUCAUAAUUAUAGUCUUGAGAAAACAAAGAAAUUGUAUUUUCAUAUUUAGAAUAAAGAUAAAACUUGUCUAUUA